AUGACGCAGGAACGAAAUUUGAUGAUCGGCAUGCUGGGUGAAUUUAGUGAAAACGUGAAGGAAGAUGAAUUUCCUUGUAAACCUGUGAAAGAUGAUGUUAAUGAAGGAUGGAUAGAUGGCAGAUCGGUAACGGACGCGAUGUGGACACUAUGCAUCUGGACGCUAAUUCUUCGUAAUGUCUACGCUGCUGUCUUUAAUAUUGGUACAACGGCCACGAAAGGCUCGUUGGCGUACGAGAACGUUCGAUAUGGUGUGGAAAGAUGGAAUAGCGCUAAUUCGGCUCAUACUGAAGUCUCGCUCAACAUCAUUGCCACAGAGUUGUACUUUGCGGGUUUUGAAGAGAGAAGGAUUAAGUGGCAAAUUCGCUUAACUCUCACACCUGACAAGCGGCAACCGGAACGGACUCGAGGAGUGGAUGCGAUCGAUAUCGAACAUCAGCGCCACUUUCGAGCACCAUCUGCCAAAAGGGAGAAGGAGGAGCUGGCACAAACAGGAGUGUGCGAUGUAAUGCAGCACAGUGUUGUUGCCGUGUUGAUUCCAACUUCUGAAGAACGUCUCGAUGAAAUGUUGAUGAAAUCGAUGUGUCAUCACUUUCGGAUACCAUGCCUCACCAUUAAAAUGGGAAAUCCGAUAGAAUUCGCCUCGGAUUUUGUGACGAGUAUUGGACCAUCUCGUGGUUUGGGAGCGUAUGCAACAAGCGAAUUUGUGGAAAGUCUACGAUGGACGUCAUUUUUGUUAGCUUACCAGCACGAAUCAGAUCUCGAGGAAUUGGCCCCUUUGAUCGUCGACCGUCGCUCACCUCACCACGGCGGCCAACGGGCAUCGAUUCAGCUGAGGAGGUUACCGAACAACACCGAUAGCUACGAGCCGUUCCUCAAAUAUGUCCGGAAUAGCUUGCGACAAACGAAUAUUGUCAUACAUUCAAGUAAUAUCACAACGCUCUACGCAUUGUUACAACAAGCAAAAAGUAUAAAUAUGACCGAAUCACCAUUUUCAUAUAUUUUCACAAAUACGGAUCUUUCUUUGCUCGAGGACUUCCUGAACAAUGUCUAUGGGACCUUUCACUGCAAUAUAACUGGUCUGCAGUUGGUUAAAAAUGAUCCAAUGAUGAAGACUACUCUGGCUCUAACAGCCGAGGCAGUAUGGGUAAUCGGAGCAGCUUUGCACAGAAUGACAGAACUGAAAGUUCUUCCUCGACCAGCCGCUCUCCUGUGCGAUGCGCGAGAUUCAUGGGCAGAUGGAACGAAGAUGAAUGACGCCAUCCGAAGGCUUCGUGGCCGUCAACAGCUUACCGGUGAUAUUCACUUCGAUCCAAGUGGCGAGCGCGAAGAUCUCGUAUAUUACGGUAUCGGCAGGAUCAAUUCGCAAUUUGUGAAGUCCAAGAAAAUGCUCGAUGCUCGACAAAAUGAUAACAUUUUGUCGAGCAUCGAGAUAACACUAAUCAGCAUCGAGACAAAACGAUAA